GAUAUAUUGUUGGUUGUUGAAUCAGUUGGUAUCCAAAUAAUUGGCAAAAAACAAUUAUCCUGUUUUGAAACAAGUAAAUUUUUACCCUGGAAUACAAUUGAUGAUGUAUUUAUCAAUGAAGUUAUAAUUGGUCAACGAGUACUGUACUAUUUGACAUUUUUAAUAAAAGAUAUAUCUGUUGGUAAAAAUAAAGUUGAACUGGUACCAUUAUUUGUUGAAUUAAAACCAGAAAUAAAAUGCCUGGAAUACAUGUACGAACAUCUAGCCAAACUGAUUGGAACAAACAUGAAAAAGAUCAAGCAUUAACUGUACCAGGUUCAUACUGGUUAUGUCAUAAAAAAACAAUAUUUAAAUUUACAUUUAAAUACCCAAAGUAUAAUAGAAAUGUUAAAAAAAAAUUUCAACAUGAUAAAGAAUUGAUGAAAGUAAUCAGAAGAAUUAUUAAAUCACAACCAAUUUCAAAGCAAGGACAACAAUUUGGUACUCGUCAUCUUUUGGUGACAUACAAUCAUAGACCCUGGGAUCGUCAAGAUAAAAUAUUUGCAAAAUUAAAAUUUGAUGAAAAGCCAAAUGUCACUGUUUAUCAUAAUGAAUUUUUUUUAACUGUUAAAAUAUUACUUGUUGAUUUACGUCCUGAUAAUCGUCGUGAUUUUGUUGAUGGUCUUAUUGUUUAUGGUGAUAAAACAAAUGACACAAUUAUCAUUGAUCAAAACUCAACGACAAAUUCAAGUCUUGAUGAUUUAUCAAAUGACAAUUUAAAUAUAUCAAUUGAUAAAAAUAAUGAUGAAGAAAAAAUAACAGAUUCAUCAGUAACAAUUUAUGGUGAUCUUGAUAAUUCACCAUUAGAUCAAAGUGAAUCAGAAGUACCAAUAGAAAUUGAUUCAUCAUUAUCAUCACCAUUAAAUGACAUGCAAGAAACAAUUGAUAUGCCAUAUCAGUAUUUAAUUGAACGUGAUAUUGAAAAAUCAAAAACAUUAAAUAAACGUAAAUGUACUGUUGGUACAAAUUAUAAUUCAAUACCCAGUACAUUUAUCAUUCCUGAUGAAAAAAUAACUCAUGAAAAAUGUGAAACAAUUGUAUCAUCAUUUGGCAAUAACAAUGGUCAAACAAAUAUAGAUAAUAUUAUUGAUACAACAAAUGAAAGUAAAGAUAAAAAAUGUGAUAAAAUUAAACCACCACCAUUGAUACUACAAAAUGAUAAUAAUAAUUUUAAAAAUAUAUCAAAUGAAUUAAAUAAAAUAAUAAAAUUACCAAUUGAUAUAGAAGAAAAAAUGAAAUCACCAAUUAAAAUAAAUGAAAUGACACCAAUAAAAUCACCAUCAUCGUUUUUUAAAUUAACAUCAACACCAACACAAUCACCAUUAUCAAAAAAUCAUUCAAUAUCAAAUUUAAUUGAUCAAAUAACACCAAAAUCAGCAAAUAUAACUGAUCUUGUUAUGGAAGGUUUAAUGUUUACAAUAAGACAAGAUAAAGAUAGUUUAACUGUUGUUGAACAAAAAACAAAAUUAGAACCAGAUGAGGUACUUGAAAAUUCAGAAAAAAUUGAAACUCAAGAAGGUGCUGAAUGUCUAGUCAAUUCAAGUUUAUUAAAAUUAGAAAAUUUAAUAACAAAAAUUGAUAAAUCAAAUUCAAAUAAUAGUAAUAAUAAAAAUAAAAUAAAAAGCAAUAAUCUUCCAUGUUCAUAUUUUGGACAAAAUAUUGAUAAUCAUAAUUAUAAUGAUGAUUAUUUAAAUAAUAAAAAUAAUAAUAGCAAUGUUGUAUUAUUAAAUAGAAUGAGUAAAUCAGAAGUUGAUGAAUUUUUUUCACUUGCUAAAAAAAAUGUUUAUCCUGAUGAAACAAAAAAUAAAUCAAUUGAUUCAAUUUCAAUGGAUGUUGAUGAUUCAAAGAGUGAAUCUGGUGAAGUGAUUGAUUCAAAAAGUGAAUCUGCUAAAUCAAUUGAUUCAAUGCCAAUGGAUGUUGAGUAUAUCUACCCUGAUUUCAAGGAUGAUUGUCCAAAAGAAGUUGAAAAAAAUAAUAAAAAACAAAAAAAAAUAAAAGGAAGAAAUGUAAAAUCAACAGAUGAUAGUGAUACAGAUGUUAUUGAUGAUGAGGAUGAUGAUGACAAUGAUGAUGUAAAUAAAAAUGAUAAAACUGGUAAUGAAAGUGAUACACCAAGCAUGGCUGAUGAGGAUAUUAUACCAGAAGCAUUGCAAAAUAAAAUUGACAUAAAUCAUGAUGAAUCAAAUCUUCUUAUGGAUGAUCAUGAUGAUGGUGAUGAAGAGGAGGAAGAGAAUUAUUACACACCACCAGAUGUUUCAUUUAAAUCAAAAAAACUAAAAGCUAAAUCUCCAAGAAUUGUAUCAAAUGAAGUAGUUAGUUUUGAUUUAUCAACAUUACGUUCUGUUAAAUCAAACAGGAAAUCAACUGAUACAGAUAAAUCAAAUGAUGCAGAUAAAUCAAAUGAUACAGACAAAUCAAAUGAUAGUGAUGAUAAAACUACACCUGAAGAUUCUAACGUUCAAACUGAUGAUGAAAAAAUUAAUUCUGAUGAUACAAAAAUUAUUCAUGAAGAAGUAAAUGAUGAUAAUAAAAAUACCAAUUCUGAUGAAUUAAAAAUGCUUGACGAUAAUUCAAAAAUAGAAGAUGAAAAGAAAAUAGAAAAUACUGAAAUUUUAAAAGAUACAAAAUUGGAUGAUAAAAAAAUUACAAAUGACAAAGAAAAAUUAAUAAUAAACACAAAAAAGCUAGAUGAUUUGAAUGCUAAUGACAAGAGUCCAGAUAAUACAAAUAGUAUUAUCAAAAUGGAAAUUGAUAAUGACACUAAAUCAUCAAAUUCAUAUAAUAAAAGAUCGAGAAAAAAAUCUCCAGUUGUACCAAGAUUAACAAGAAAAAGUUUAUCAAUGAAACGUAAACUUGAAGAAUUAAAUAAGAAUGAUCAACCAAGAAAAGAUGUUGAAAUUGAAAUGUGGAAAUUUUUACAAGACAUGUCAAGAGGUGUUCGAGUUGUUGUAAAACGUCUUGAUUUAUCAGACAUGUCAAAUAUUGUUGCUAAAAAUUGUAUCAAAUAAUAAUAUAAUUUUAACUAUGUACAUACUUGUGAUAAACAAUUGUUCAUACAAUACUUGGAAUAAAAAUUAAAAAUAACAUAAUUUUAAUUAUUAAUAUUUACAUCUACUUGAAAUAUGUAGUUGUUUUAAUGAUAUUUAAAAUUCACAUUAUAAAAAUUAUCAUAUAAAAAUCAUAAUAAUAAAACUUGCUUAUUU